AUGGCGACGGCAAGCUCUUGGGGGGAUUUGAGGAAAUAUGUCACCGGUCGAGCAGACCAAUUUGCAUCGCGAAUCAGCGGAAGGGGAGAGAGAGAGAAAGCGAGGCAGGGAAAAGUUGGCAGCGCAAGGAGGUCGCCAAUUGAAGACCGUCACAUCGCCAGGUGCGAGGUCGAUGGAAAGGGUUAUGGAGAAGGAAGGGAGGGCCGCGUUGAGAAUUCGGGGCGGGCGUGGAGAGAGAAGGCAGGGCAGGGCAGGAGGGCUAAGAAUCACGGCCAGGCAAGACAGCGCGAGAGAGCCGAGACAAGACGGAACCGCGAUGAUGCUGCUGGGGUUCACUUUUCGCUGCUGCUGACGACGGAGAGAUUCCAGAAAUAA